GCCGUCACUGUCGCCGCAGUCGCCUGCGUUGUCGUUGCGUAUCGACCCUUCUGCCGCUUCCUCUCCUGGAUAUUUCCGGAGGAGGCAUGGUCGCCAGGGGUGGGUGUGAAGCUCGCAGUAGCCUAUAGGUGGCCAAUUAUCGCGGCUUCCGUGCUGUACCUCCCCGCCGUCUAUGCGUUGCAACGCUACAUGAGGGAUCGCCCUGCCUAUUCGCUGCGAUACGUCGCACUUCUUUGGAACGCCAGUCUCUCUUUGCUGUCGCUCUUGGGAUUUCUGACCGUCCUGAUCCAGCAGCCUUCCAUGCUCCUCACGAGCAUCAAUCCCGAAAGACUCUUCUCGCCUCCGGUGAGGGCUGUGAUCGCGCUCUUCACGCUCACCAAAGCCGUAGAGUUCGGGGAUACGUUCCUGCUCGUGCUGAAGAAGAAGCCGCUCUCGUUUCUGCACCUCUAUCACCACCUCACAGUCACGCUCUACUGCUGGCACGCCCAAAAGAUCAACGCCGACUUCGCCCACGGCUUCGCGACCAUGAAUCUUGGCGUGCAUGCGCUCAUGUAUCUGUACUUUGGACUUGCUUGCUGCGUAUCGGUGCCUAGAGGAGGCGCAGCGGCAAGCAGCAGUCCUAUAGUUAAGGGAACCUUGCACAAGGUGUUGCAGAAGUCACGACCGGUGAUUACGCAGCUGCAGAUCGCACAAAUGCUAGUUGGUAUCUACCUGGCGCUGCAAGGCGCCUUGUACCUCCAGGAUGCCCAGCAGGUAGCAAAUGCCAAGGUGGCUAUUGGCAUGUAUGCGUCUUACGCCGUCCUCUUCAUGAGGCUCUACUGCAGCAGCUACUUGCCGCAUUUCAGCAGCAACAGAGUCUUGCUGCUGCUGCUGCUGCACGCGGUUGCUGCCGUCGGAGUGUACAAAAUCUGCUGCACUACCAACAAGCUCAUGGUGCUCGCCCACGUCGCUGCGGCGGCAGCAGUGUCUCUGGCGCUGACGUCGCUCAGCAGCAGCAAGAAGCACAGCGGCAGCAGAUGGCUGCCGCUGUUGCUCGCUUUCAACUGGCUGUGUGGUCUUGCACAGGCUGUGCAGAAGGGCGAAGGCAAAGCGCAGAAACAGCCCGCCGCGGAUAAUAAUAAUCGUGUUGCUGCUGCAGAUGCUGCUGCAGAUGCUGCUGCUUCCGCCGCAAAGGCGGGUGUAGAUACAGCCGCGCCGACGCCAACUCCUCCAGGGAGGAACGCCGUGUCUCCGAACAGCCCGCCAGCCCGCUGCCCCUCCGUGACUUCGACUGCCGCUGAAACUGCCACCAUGGCUUCCCUCAUUAGCAGCGGCGAUGACUUCGACCAAACGUCGAGUCCGAUGACGUCGAAGUUUGCCGACGCCGUCGCUCCUUGCGCACUUCCAGCGACAGCAGCCGCUGCAGCGAAGCUGCGGGGUGGACGGUCAAGGGGGGGAGAGGCGCUCACGAUGCGUUCCUCCUCCCCCCCUGCGAGCAUGCAAGCCGCGGAGCCACGCAGCUCGGGAGUUCUCUAUCAGCUGAUCAAGAAAGAGCCGAUCCACUUGAGCUGGCUCGAGCUCGCGGCUGCAGCCGCUGGCGCAGGCUUUCCCGCGGUGUAUGGCUACCUCGCUAACGGCGACUGGGGAUUGGGGCUGUGCGUGUUUGGCGCCCUUCGAUGGGCUCUCGAGUUGCAUGCGGCAGAAAGAAUACCGCUUCACACUUAG